UGUUAUUGAAUGCGACAUGAAGACAGCUGAUGUGAGCAUAGAAGAUGAGGGAGAUCGUGUCAAGUGGAAUCUUAGGAUAAGUGUGGCCGAUCCCAAGUAGUUGGGAUUAAGACAUAGAAAAAGAAAAAGAUUAGCAGAAAUUCCGGUGGCAAUUGACAUAAUAUGAUUGUUGUUUGGGAAUAUACAAUUUAGCGUUUAGUUGGGUUUAAACAAUAUAGAGUCAAAUCAAUUACCUACUCUAUCACUUGUAUAUUAAUAUACACUACACUUUAAUGAUACAAUAAAUAAAUAAACUCACACAUACACACAUAUGCAUUUAUAACAUUGUGUCUAAUGUAAGUAUAACAUGAUAAAAAGUAACCGUAAAAUGAAAAAAAAGGAAUAUAAAUUUUAGUACUCAUAUUAAAUGUAAUGUAACUCGAAAAAUAUUUGUUUAAAUGAAAAAAUAUAAGAUACCUUUUUUUGUUUAAAAUUGUCUUUUAAACAACUUUUGAACGAAACUUUUUUUUUUAAGUUAAAUAUUUUUUGAGAAAAUUAAAAAAAGCUCAUAUUUUUGAACUUUUGCGAGGCUGUAAAAAAAAAAGCUCAAGUCCAGUCGAUGAGGACUUUUAGUAUGUCAUUAUACAUAUCUUAAUUCAACUUUUAAAAAAAUAAAAAUUUGGUUGGGAAUUUUUUCCGCCAUUUUUCCUUCGUUGACUGGCCUAAAUGUACGUUCUCUGUUAAUAGUUUCUAUGGAUACCAUUUUUUAUUUGUAAAUUAGCAAAAAUUUUUACUCUCAGGUUAACUUUGAGAAUUUUUCGACUUUCAAGAUCAUCUUAAAUUUUUUGAAUUUUUCUCAAAGCCUGCGUCGUUGACAGUUUUCAGUUUUAAUUAUUUAAAUUAUUUGUAACGAUGAGCUCGAAGACGCAAAAAUUGUUUGCCAAACUCAAACGAUUACACGGAAAACCUAAAAUUCCAUUUAAGAAACAGACUCCUGUCAAUAAAAACAAAAGUUUGAUUGACAAUCCUAAUAUUGAAUCUAUUAGUAAAAUUACAGCAAAAGACAAGUCGAAGCGUUCGCAUCGCAAAUCUACUCGGUCUAAUGCAGCUCCAGUAACUGAGGAAGACUCUGAACCGUUUGUCAAAGAAAUAAAAAAUAUUGAUCAAUCACGUUCUUCUUAUUGGAGGGAUCCAUAUGAAAUACUCGUGGAACAGUUUUCGACAAACAUUGACGAAUCAUCUACGAAAAGAAAAAUCGAACAUGACGAAGAGACAUAUGUAGUUGAACGUCAAAAAAGUUAUGAAAAUAUGGAUAAACAUCCAUCUACUUCAGAUAAGUCGUCAGAACUGUAUAAUAGUUCACAUUCAUUAAAGAGGGCAAACACUUUUGACGGAUAUGAACCAUCAAAGAAGUGUAGAUACUCUAGUUGUGUAGAGUUUCAUUCUAGUAAAUAUGGGCCACAAAAUAGAGUGGUGUUGAAGAUUAGGGCCACGUCUUCAACAUCUGAUUCAGACGACGAAUCAAAAAUUACAAAUGAUUCAGAAACUGACUGCCAUCAUGGCAACGGACAUUCCUCUAACAGAGCACGGCCUACAAAAGCUCAGGACACAUGUAAAUCGUCAAAGAAACUUGAAUAUUCAAGUAGUGUAGAGAUUUACGUGGCGCAAUCAGAUGAAUUAAAAGACAAAAUAAUAUUAAAGAUUACAAAAAUAAACUAUUCAGAUGAUGAUGAUUCUUCUUCUAGCUCUGAUUUUAGUUCUCAUUCCGAUUCUGAUGAUUCAGAACAUGAAUAAAAUUUUAAUAGUUCUAUAUUAUUUUAUAACCCAUCAAACAGU